CAGCCGCUGCUCUGAGAAUUGAUCGUGAGCAGCUGGCCAGGCUGUUGCGCCUCGGCCACUGAAGAUAUGAUCAUCUUAAUUUACUUAUUUGUCUUGGUGUGGGAAGAGGCUCAAGGAUGGGGAUUCAAGAAUGGGAUUUUUCACAACUCCAUAUGGCUUGAACAGGCAGCAGGCGUGUACCACAGAGAAGCUCGGUCCGGCAAGUACAAGCUCACCUACGCAGAAGCUAAGGCGGUGUGUGAAUUUGAAGGCGGCCGUCUCGCCACCUACAAGCAGCUAGAGGCAGCCAGAAAAAUUGGAUUUCAUGUCUGUGCUGCUGGAUGGAUGGCCAAGGGCAGAGUUGGAUACCCCAUUGUGAAGCCAGGGUCCAAUUGUGGAUUUGGAAAAACUGGUAUUAUUGACUAUGGGAUCCGUCUCAACAGGAGUGAAAGAUGGGAUGCCUAUUGCUACAACCCACAUGCAAAGGAGUGUGGUGGUGUAUUUACAGAUCCAAAGCGAAUUUUUAAAUCUCCAGGCUUCCCAAAUGAGUAUGAUGAUAACCAGAUCUGCUACUGGCACAUCAGACUCAAGUAUGGUCAGCGUAUUCACCUGAGCUUUUUGAAUUUUGACCUUGAGUAUGACCCAGGCUGUUUGGCUGACUACGUUGAAAUAUAUGACAGUUAUGAUGAUGUCCAUGGCUUUGUAGGAAGGUACUGUGGAGACGAACUUCCAGAAGACAUUAUUAGCACAGGGAACGUCAUGACCUUGAAGUUUCUGAGUGAUGCUUCAGUGACAGCAGGAGGUUUCCAAAUUAAAUAUGUUACAGUAGAUCCUGCAUCCAAAUCCAGUCAAGGAAAAAAUACAAGUACUGUUUCUGGAAACAAAAACUUUUUAGCUGGAAGAUUUAGUCAUUUGUAAACCAAACCAAAAAAAAUUUCAAAAUACAAUGUUUUUGUUUGUAUCUUUUGGGAUAUCUUUGAUCUCAUUGUUAUAUUGUUACUACUGUUAACAUUUAUUUAUUACUUUUCUAAAUGUGAAAGCAAUACCUAAUUUUGGGAAUAUUAGAAAUUCAGAAGAUUUUAAAUAAUAAAAUCUCUCAUAAUCCCACUGCAUAGAAAUAAUAAGCAUUAACAAUUUUUUAUAAAUUUUUCUUUCAGUUUUUUAUUUGUGGUAUAUGUAUAUAUGUAUCCAUAAGUAUUUGUAUUUUGAAAUUUUAGAAUCCUGACCUAUGUACAGUUUUAUAUCUGGGAUUUUAAAAAUUUUAUACCUUAAGCAUUUUCCCCAAUCAUCAACUAUUCUGUGAAAACAUGUUUUUAACAGCUGUAAAAUAUUCCUUACUACGAUUCUUCCAUACUUUAUUAAACCUAUCUUUAUUGUUGAAAUUUUAGGUUGUUUCCAUAUUGCUGCAAUAAAUAUCCUUAAACACA